CUGGUCUUCUACGCGACGCGACCGCACCUUUCAAUUGCAGAUAGCUUGAAACCCUAAAAUUUGCAUUUGUAUGUUCGCUUGUUGCUGCAACCGAUUGCUUCGGGGAGUACAAAACGACCGAGGCGCUGGUGAUUUCGACUCGGUUCUUUGCUAUUCGCUUGUUCUAUUCUUUGCUGUCGCUUGUUCUAGUCUCUGCUGGAGCUAUUCUGUAUUCUCUUCAUUGGUUCUAGAGGUGUUCCUGUUCGUCACUUGUUCUAGUCUGCUGGUCGACUCAGAAGAAGGUUUGGGGCGAGUUUCUGUAUUUGUUGAGAUUAUGUUGAGGCAUGCAGUUGGCAAGGUGUGGAACAAAGGGGUUCUUACGCAUGGACGAGAUAGGCUUAGAACAUUCCUGUUGGUGCCCAAUGCUUGUUUCCACAAUGGAAAGGUUCACUAUUCUCCAAGAAGCUUUUUUGGGAUAGAGGAUUUUGUAGAUGAUGACAACAGCCGACCAUACACAUACCAGAAGGGUAAAAAGUCCAAGAAUCCCACCAAACAUAUCUCUUUCAAACAACGAACCGUAGCCUUCAUGGAACCAUUUACACUCGAUGUUUUCAUCUCGAAGCGCUUUGUUUCGGCUUCACUUACCCAUAGAGUAACAUGUAAGCAGGUUGCGGUCGCUGGUACCAACUCUAAAGACGUUAAAGCAGCACUCAAGUCCCGGUCUGAUAUACCAGCUUGUAUAGCGGUUGGCCGGAUCCUCUCUGAACGGGCAAGAGAAGCUGAUGUUUACACUGCUUCUUAUACCCCUAGGGAUAGGGACAAGUUUGAAGGAAAGAUCAGAGCAGUGGUUCAGUCUCUCAUUGACAAUGGGAUUGAUGUCAAAAUUUAUCUGGAGUGAAUAAGCUUAAUUCUUUGUAAUAGACUUAAGAUAAACUUUAUAGAACUUGAUUAUCGUUUUUGGUUUUGAAA